AGCUCUGCUGCCAGCUCGGCUUUUCUCUCCUGGCUUUUUGGUUCCUGACGGCGCAGCUCCCUUGGAGCACCGGAGCCAGGGGUGAGGCGGUGAGCGGCUCCAGGGAGCCCGGGCUGGCUCCAUGUAUCCCGAAUCCACCACUGACUCCCCAGCGCGACUCUCGCUGCGGCAGACGGGCUCCCCAGGGAUGAUUUACAGCGCGAGGUAUGGGAGCCCCAAGCGCCAGCUCCAGUUCUACAGGAACCUCGGGAAGUCGGGGCUGCGCGUGUCCUGCCUGGGCCUAGGGACAUGGGUGACGUUUGGAGGGCAAAUCACAGAUGAGAUGGCAGAGCAGCUGAUGACUUUGGCUUAUGACAAUGGCAUUAAUCUCUUCGACACGGCAGAAGUCUACGCCGCCGGCAAGGCUGAAGUGGUGCUGGGGAACAUCAUCAAGAAGAAAGGGUGGAGACGGUCCAGCCUGGUGAUCACAACCAAAAUCUUCUGGGGAGGAAAGGCCGAGACGGAGAGGGGACUGUCCCGAAAGCACAUCAUAGAAGGUCUGAAGGCGUCGCUGGAGCGGCUGCAGCUGGAGUAUGUGGAUGUGGUGUUCGCCAACCGGCCCGACCCCAACACGCCGAUGGAAGAGACCGUGCGAGCCAUGACCCACGUCAUCAACCAGGGGAUGGCCAUGUACUGGGGGACCUCGCGCUGGAGCUCCAUGGAGAUCAUGGAGGCCUACUCGGUGGCCCGGCAGUUCAACCUGAUCCCGCCCAUCUGCGAGCAAGCCGAGUACCACAUGUUCCAGCGGGAGAAGGUGGAGGUGCAGCUCCCCGAGCUCUUCCACAAGAUAGGUGUGGGAGCCAUGACCUGGUCCCCGCUCGCCUGCGGCAUCGUCUCAGGGAAGUACGACGGGGGGAUCCCCCCCUACUCCCGCGCCUCGCUGAAGGGAUACCAGUGGCUGAAGGACAAGAUCCUGAGCGAGGAGGGCCGGCGGCAGCAGGCGAAGCUGAAGGAGCUGCAGGCCAUCGCCGAGCGCCUGGGCUGCACCCUGCCCCAGCUGGCCAUCGCCUGGUGCCUGCGCAACGAGGGCGUCAGCUCCGUCUUGUUGGGGGCCUCCAACGCCGACCAGCUGAUGGAGAACAUUGGAGCAAUACAGGUCCUUCCGAAGCUGUCGUCUUCCAUCGUCCAUGAGAUCGAUAGCAUCCUGGGCAACAAACCCUACAGCAAGAAGGACUACAGAUCCUAAGCGUGCGCGGCCCAGCGCGCUGCCGCCCUCGCCGCCCGUUCGCUUGCUUACGCUUCGUUGGAGCAAAGUGGGGAGUGUGGUUUGCACCGAGCGCCGACAGCCGCCGCUCCCGCCCUGCUGCCCCGCACCAUCGUACUGUGUCUGCCCAGCGAGGCCGCGGCGCGGGGACAGCCGCCGGCAGGGAGCGCGCCGGGCCGAGCCCCAGCGCCGCGGUUGCCGCCGGCGUGGCGCGGGGACCCAUUGCAUGUGCGGCUCCCACCCCGGCGUGGCUGCCCCAGGGCGGCGGGCGCGGGGCCGCGAGCGGGUGCUGUAGCCCACGAGGCCGACAACACGAAGCUGUUCCCCAGCCUGCGCCCGGCCCCUGGCCUCUGCCCUGCCUGCGUCACCGCGCCGGCGCCAGCACCAGCACGGCCAGGGCUGCAGCCCGGAGGAGGGGGCGGCGGCGGGGAGGCACACACGGCCAGGGUAGGUUUGGCACAGGGGGCUGCCCCAGCUCUAGGCAUCACUGUGGGCUCUGACCCCGGCUACAGGGGCCUCCAGCUGCCUUUACAGGAAACACGUCCAUCAGCACACACACAGAUCAGGGCAAGGGUGUGGGUACGUACACACACACCCCUACAGCUGCCUGCACGGGUGUGCAUCUACCUUCACCUGCAUCCCUACAGUCACACCCUUCUUCAUCCAGCACUCAGUACCUACAGACACAUCUGUGCAGGGGUCAACAUCCAUAAUGUCCAUCCCAACACACAGACAACCUCUGCAGCUGUGUGUGUACCCACACAGAUGUGUCCAUGCCCCUGUGCAGAGACUGAGAUGGCUGCAUGUCUAUACAUGCACACCUGAAUGCAAACAGACACGUCCAUACCUCUUUGUACAUACAGAUCUGUAUCAACACCUAGCUCUGUGACCGCACUCACAGUUCGACCUAUAACCAUACACCUAUGCACACAUGUGGACAUACACAUCUGUGAUUCAGAUACAGCUGUAGAUAUCUCUGUUCUCUCUGUACAGAAACACAUCCCUGCUCGUACCUGUAUUUGCCUCUAUCCAUUAAUACACCCACCUUCCUAUAUCUGCACACAACUAAACACAGAACUAGACAGUUGUUUACAGACCUGCACCUGUGUGUGUUUAUCCACCAUGUAUGUGGCUACAGCCAUACUUGUAUCCCUCCCAUGGUGAGGGGGUGCAUGCAUGUACAUAAAUACAGGAGUAUGUAUAUACACACACAGAGUCUCUCACAAAUAACACAUUAAAAGCAGCACAACUCUCUA